GCCAGAAGCAGGAGGAGACAUUGUGAGGACCUGCCCUGAGCUGAGGACAUGUCGCUGCCAGGAGGUAGGCAGAGCUCCCAGCAGCCAAAGGGGGCCUCCAGUCCUCCCAGGGCCUCCAGGAAAGUUAAUCUGGUGUAUUCUUGUAUUUGAAUAAUUGCCUAGUGCUACAGGAUGACUGAGCAUGAGGCAUAAGCUACUCCCACCUGUGACCACAACUAGUGACCCCUGGAGGAGACCCAGGUGUUAAAGAGUUUCCUUUCUAUCUGUGACCCAUUACAUUCCUCUCCUCCUAUCUCAGACAUUCUGGAUGCCGGUGACUGUGCCCCUGGCCACGGUCCUCUCCAGACCCUCCACAGCCUGGGGCUAAGGUAUCCCAGCUCCUGCCAAGGGACCCAGGAGUCUGUGGGCUGCACGCCAGCUGCCCUAGCCCCUCAGUGGAGGAGCUCUGUCGGUGUACAGGGGCAGGGGACUCGCCUGCUACAGGGACAGAGUGAGAGGACUUGCACAGGGUGCCUGGGCAAGCAGGAGCAGCAGCACUGCCAGCCUCUGGGCAUUUCAGAAAAGAAAGGAAAGGCAGAGAGCACAUGGGGGGAAGCAACCUGCCUGUGGUACCCCUGCAGGUCAGGCCACAGGGCAGGUCUGAUACUCACACCCGCCAGCACGGGGCAGUCCCGUGCCAUUCUAUGCACUAUCAGUUAAUAUUUAAGCCUUCCUGGAAAGAGAGGCAAUGUCAUCUCCACUUUACAAAUGAGAAAAACUAGGCUAUGAGAAGGGAAACAACUGGUCUGAGGUCACGCACCAGUCAGUGAAAAGCCAAAGAGCCAAACUCUGCUUUUUCUUGAUCCAAAAACGUGUGUCAUUCCCACAGCAGUGCAGACAAAAUGCUUCUCCGUAGACACCAUCCUGUACUAACAUAUCAGCGAGCCCAAUGUCACAGCCUGACUGGUAACAAAGGAGGGCAGCCUGGGCACCCCGGGCUUGCAGAGGGAGAGAGAACGAGGCAGUAAGGAUGGCAGGUGAGGCUGGGAAGAAACGCCCAUCGAUGGCUCGCGCUUCUCUGCAAAAAGCCAUGCUGAAAGCUAUGAGAAGCUGCUGGUGGGCCCAUUUUAAAGUCAAGAAAGCUGAGGUUCCAGGACAUAGCACCUUGGUCAAGAUACACAGCCUGGAGCUGUUUGUCCUAGUAUGGGGGUUCUGCCUAGCAGAAGGCUGUCACUCAGCUGCUGAGGGACAUGUUGGAAUCCUGACCCCAUAACCAAGGCAAUGUGGACCCACAGGAGCAGUGCCUGGAGGGCUAUGGGGUGUGUGGGGCCUGCAGCGAUUUAGCUGAGUCCGACAGCCUUGGUACAGAACUACUCCGUACCCCAGCGCCUUGACAGGACCACAGGGCAGCAAACAGAGCCUCCCUGGGGCUGUGCCUGCAGCAAGGUCUCGGCCUGCCUGAAGCCCCUGAGACAUCCAUCAAACACCAGAUCCUUACCAAACUCCUAUUCGGCAUCCUGCCUGGUCCAAAGAGCAAUAGGGUGGGGCCCAGGAGAAGGAAGAGAAAAGAGCCCUGCCCAUGCGACGCCUGCUCCUGGUGAGAUGGGCAGAUGCGCACCAGCGUCUGAGGACUGAGAGCAACGCUUUUGUGCGGGGCUGUGUACACAGGGCCCUGUGGGCAGAGCUGCAGUCGGGGCGAGGGCUCCCAGGAGCAGCAGACCCCCUGCACCAGGCCUCAGGAGGUGUUUCCACUGCUCCCCAUCCCUCGGGCUCCCACUCUGCCUGCUGCAGACCUCAAGCAUCAGCCUUGCAGAAUUACAGAACUCUGGUGGAGCAAAGGGGCUCCAAGCAUGGCUCUUAUCUCAUCAUGUCAGCAAGAUGUGGGGAAAAACAUACCAUGGAAAACAGAACUCUGACCAGGUACAAAAAUAGCCACCCGUACUGCCCCUCUCUCAAUAUCAGCAGCGAGAAUUUGUUCAGGUGGAAAGACAAACCCUGUUCACAGCCAGCACUCUGGUUAGAUGAUGAAACACCUAUCAACAUUUACCAACAGGCUAGAGGAGAAGGCUUAGAAACUGUUCCUGGCACAGUGCCCCUCGGCAUGAGGCAGCUGCCUGGGAUGAGUCAGGCUGCCCAGAGGCCAGCACGGGGGCUCUGGGAGAUCUCCGAGGGGCAAACCCACACCCUUUCCAAUGCCAGUGGGCUCGGGGUCAGCCUGCGGCAGGGCAGUGAGGUUGACUUCGGUAGCCCAAGAAGCCUUUUUAAGAGAAUUCAGUGUGUUCUUGCAGGAAGUGAAGCCCUGAAGGAGCCCAUCCUGCCCCCUCCAGUCCUGGUGCCUCCUGAACUGGGAAGCCUUGUUACUAAGCAGGAUGAAGGCAGCCUUUCCCAUCGGCUGGUGGGGCAGGAGGCCCUCUCUCAUGCAAGGAAAAUAAAGCUCAGUUGUGUCUCACUCUUCCUCCAGCCAUGUUCUAGGAUUUCUUUUUCUGUGACUCUCCCUCCACCCUACUUCCCAUCACAGCACAGCCCUGGUACAGGAUAGGCGGGGUGUGCCAUUUGUGUGCCCCUUUCGUUUGGUUCCAUCCCUACCUUCAGAAUUUAGCUCUCCUGCCCCACAGUCUCAAAGAACACCUAAGGAAUGCUGAUGACAGUACCUGCCACUCACUGGUCACAUGGAUAACACCAGAAGGCCCAAGGAAGGGUUUCCUUUAGGCUGCAAAUGCACUUCCUUGCCGAGGUACAGCCAAUAUGCAACCCUCUGCCCAGUGUGGCCUUAGGCUUGGGGGUGAGAAGCAUGCAUGCCUGAGCAGCUAAAGCAAUGGGACAAGCCACAUGAACCAUGCUGAGCUAUGAAACCACAUGUGCCAAAUUCCAAGUACAAGGGUAAGGGAAGUCUCUGCCUGGUGGUGACCAGGGAAAACCAUGAGGAAGUGGACACUUUACUGGCCAUUGAUGGACAGGCGGGAACCAGAAAAAGAUUCCAAGUAAGGUGAAGGGUGAGAACUCAGGUGCAAAGCACUUUGGAAUAAGGGGAACAUGAGUGAAAUAAUAUACAUGAAGCAAAGAUCAGGGAGGGGAGCAGAGGGAGGUGAAGUUGGAAGACCAUAAAAGGCUUGGAAUACCAGAAUAACAUGUGCCCUCCCAGUCCCCACCACCUGUAGGAAGUAGAAAGUUGUGGAGGAUUCAGAUCAGAUAUUAGGAAAUUAAAAGUGAAGCCCAAGGGAAUUCACUGGAGUUUCCAGGCAGGGAGAAUCUUUGGGAGGGCAUGGCCUGGAUGUGGCCCUGGUCUGGGAAACAGGCUGGAGCAGAAGGGUUGCCCUGUAGGGGAACUUGGAGCACAGGCAGACGAUGCAGAGAGGGCAGGGUACUGUGCAGGACUGGGCCAAAGCUGGUGCUCCACGAGGAGGUGGUGACAGGGCAACUGCACCCAAUGAGCUCUUGCGCACAUUUGCUUACGUAAUAAACAAGAAAUGGGGCUGGUGAUUCAGAGACCUGCAGGUGGAAGAUGUAGGAACCGGCUGUGCAGAGGUGAAAAUGACCCCCAGGUGUGGGUAGACGGGAGAGAGUAUGGGAGAAGUGGCAAGAACCUACUGGCAUGGGGGAGAG